CUGGCGCGCCGCACUUUUUUCUCGGGUCAGGGAUGCUCCGCGCAGACAAAGGAAGGAGCUCGUCUCUCCGUGAUGUGUAGGUGGUAAUUAUCGGGAGGGAAAAGUUGCCGCUUCAAACGCGCACUGCCACAUCACACACCGAGCAGCUCGAGCAUUGCCCGUCCUGCAACAUGCGUUUAGGACUUUUGGUGCUGUUCUUCUCCUGGUCGAGGAGCUGUUGGUGCGCCCCACAGCAGCAGCAGGUCUGUCAUCCCGGAGACGAGCUUUUGGGAAGAUGCACUAGCAACGUUUAUGAAGAAAAACCCACGUGUACAGAGCUAAACCUGGGCUACUGCAAUGAUAUGGAAUACUCAAGAACCAUAUUUCCAAACAUCCUUGGCCACCGGACUCGCUCGGAUGCUGAAUCAGGGGCAGAGUACCUCCUCCUCAGUGUCAUCCACGGCCUGCUCAACGGAGAGUGCUCCCCCGAGAUACGCCUCAUAAGCUGCGCAGUGAUCGCCUCGCCCUGCCGGGACGACAAGAUGAUCAAGCCAUGUCGCAGCACGUGUGAGACCUUGAGGAAGGACUGCAGCCACGCCUUUGAGGCCAUCGAUAUGGCCUGGCCCUACUUUCUAGACUGUGACCGCUUCUUCGCCAGCGACCAAGAGGGCUGCUUCGACCCGCUGGCAGGGAUGAGAGCCAGACAAGAGCAAGCAAUGUCCAGCCUCUCUCCACAAGAACCCAGCACCAUCAUCCAGUUCACCUACACCUCCAAUUCCCAGAUGUACAGCUUACUGAAGAGAACCGCAGCCAAGUGUUCACAUAUCUCCCACGUGUACAGCAUCGGACGCAGCACUGAGGGCAGGGAUUUGCUGGCCAUCGAGUUCACCAACAACCCGGGACAGCACGAGCUAACGGAGCCAGAGAUCAAGUUGGUGGGCAACAUGCACGGCAACGAGGUGCUGGGCCGUCAGCUGCUCAUCUACCUGGCUCAGUACCUGUGCUCAGAGUACAUGCUGGGCAACCAGAGAAUUCAGACCAUCAUCAACACAACCCGCAUCCACAUCCUGGCCUCGAUGAACCCUGAUGGCUAUGAACUGGCCGCCGCAGAGGUAGAGGAUAGAAAUGACCCGGAGCUCAACAACCAGGAAGGUCACUUGAUGAAUAGUUGGACCAGUGGUCGGGCCAACGCCCAGAACCUCGACCUGAACCGCAAUUUUCCAGACCUCACCUCUGUCUUCUACCGGAAUCGCCGCGGCAGGCACUACCGCAUUGACCACACUCCAAUCCCUGAUGCCUACUGGUUUGGAAAGGUGGCACCAGAGACCUAUGCAGUGAUGAAGUGGAUCAGGUCACUGCCCUUCGUUCAGUCCGCCAGCCUCCACGGAGGAGACCUGGUGGUCUCUUAUCCCUUCGACUUCUCUCGACACCCCCAAGAGGAGAGGAUUUUCUCACCUACUCCAGAUGAGCAGCUCUUCAAGCAGCUGGCUCGCACCUAUGCGGACGCCCAUGCCACCAUGUCAAAUAAUGACACAGAGAGGUGCGGAGCCUCCUUCUACCGAACCAGAGGCAUCAUCAACGGGGCGCUGUGGUAUAGUUUUGCUGGUGGCAUGUCCGACUUCAACUACCUGCACACUAACUGUCUGGAGAUCACUGUGGAGCUCGGCUGUGACAAAUUCCCCUCGGAGGCCGAGCUUUACCCAGAGUGGAAGAGGAAUAAGGAGGCUCUGCUCAGUUUUAUUGAGUCUGUCCAUCGAGGGAUAAAGGGAGUGGUCAAGGACCUUGACGGCAACGGGAUAAAAGGUGCUACCAUCUCUGUCAGGGGGAUUAGGAAAGAUGUCACCUCAGCUGAAGAUGGAGACUACUGGCGGCUGCUGAACCCUGGUACUCACAUCCUGACAGCCACAGCCAAGGGUUACUCCAGGGUCACUAAGAGGGUUCAUCUGCCUCACAAACUGAACAAGGCGGGACGUGUUGACUUUGUGUUGGAGAAGGUUCCUGUGGAGCCCGAUAUCGACGACCACCUCUUCCCUACAGUAGACACGUGGGAUCGAUUUGACCCCUACAACCAGUUUGGGCGCAACAGCGAGCCAGACGCUCGCGAAGGAGAGAUCGAGCAAGAGGAGAAGCCUUGGUGGUGGACUUACUUCUCCCAGUCUGGCAUUUCGCCUCCGCCCUGGCUGCUGAGAAGUGUCUAAACUCACUGUCGGGUCAAUGGAGAUCCUAGCGUACCACUGCAGAGGGUGACUGGCGAUGGAUGGCGCCACAUCCAGUCCAACCAGUAUCCGCAUCCAUGUAGCAGAAGCUGUGAAACUGAAAUCAACAGUACCUAAAUAUAUUUCACCGCUUCCUGGAAGGAUGUGAAGAGGCUUUUUCCACCAGGCAACACAUUUAAUUCUGGUCUGUAGGUGUAGGAGUAUUGACCAAUAUUGCUUUGCAGCUACAAUUAUAAUUUUUUUUAAAUGGAACCACUGGGAAAUAAAUGAGUUAUGCUCAAUGAUAGGCCUUUAAUGAAAAUCACAAAAAAUAAUGUCAUGCACGUAUUUGGAUAUUGUGAUUAUAGAUAACAACUUCCAAUGGGACGGCAGCUCUUUUAAUUAGUUUGUUACAUUUUUUUUAUUAGGUUUGACUAUUCUGUUCCGCAGGUAAUAUAUAUCUUAAUUUAGUCCCAUGUAAUGUAUUAUACAAGGCCGAAUUUAUGGACCACUAAGGGCAUUUGAUAUUGAGCACCACAUUUAUGCUUGGGUUAUCAGUAACCAUGCACGUUGCAAACAAUUGUACUGAUUUGUAGAUUCCUACUAUGUUUGUUUUCCACAAGCUUUCAAAAUAAAUAUUUUCUGCAAUAUU